UUUGCCUGACUGUCAACAAGGAGACGAGAGCAAGGGGAGAUCUAAAACAUGUAAUCCGUUUAAAUAUCGUUUCGUUUCUGUUUUUUUGGAUUUAAUUUUUAACCAACCACGGCGAAAUGAGAAAAUGUGCUGUUAAUAUGUGUACUUUUAUACAGAACAGAUUAUUUUACUAAAAGCAACAGGUUAUUGUAUUAGAAUUGUUUUGAGGGAGUUUUUCGCUAGUUUGUAAUUUUGACGGAUUAACGUAUUCUGCUCGGAUCUUCGGUGGAUGACCAUUGUUGUGGGGUGAUUCGAUGGCGUCCACCAGUCAGUCACAAGAUAAACUGACGAACAAAAAAUCCUUUGAGGAUGACUUGGAGGUGAUAGAAAAUGGCGGAUUAAGUCCCCAACUGUCGGUAAAAACCGACGAUGAUGCCUGUUCGGAAAUUAUCCGGAUAGAGCAGACAGCGGCAGCAGAAGAUAAAUAUGGAAACUCGACAAUAGGACGGAUAGUCAGAACGUUACAGGUGAUAAAAGGAUGGGCAUCCGGCGGCCGACAUCGUCCAAUACGGAGACCGGAUUCCUUCCUGGAGAGGUUUGCUAUGGGAGGCAACGACAAACAUCAUCAUAGCGGUGACCGACGACAAAGAAAAAUAUCAGACAUAAGGUAUUGGAAAGCGUUUUUUGUCGAUCCAUCAGAAGCAUUUUAUUACAGAUGGUUAUUUGUUAGUUCAGUAGCUGUAUUGUAUAAUGUAGUGUUUAUAAUAGCGAGAUCUGUGUUCUGGGAACUACAAGAAAACUACUUAAUUCUAUGGUUUGUUCUCGACUACCUCAGUGAUAUUUUAUAUAUAGCAGAUAUGGCGUUUCAGCUUAGAACAGGUUAUUUAGAACAUGGUCUAAUGGUCAGUGAUCCUGUCAAGUUAAGAAAAAGAUAUAUGAAGAGUAGGGGUUUUUAUAUUGACGUCAUCAGUAUCCUUCCUACCGAUCUAUUCUACAUAAUACUGGGACCUAAUCGGCCACAAGUUCGCUUUAAUCGUCUGUUCCGUGCUAGACGUCUGUUCGAAUUCUUCGACAGGACAGAAACGAGGACAAGUUUCACGAACAUUUUCCGAAUUGCUCACCUUGUGUUAUAUAUUUUGAUCAUUAUUCACUGGAAUGCCUGUAUAUAUUUCGCGAUCAGCGGUGCCAUCGGGUUCGGUACGGAUGAUUGGGUCUACGGUAACGUCUCGUUACCUAAGUAUAAACCUCUGACCCGGAAGUAUAUAUACAGUUUCUAUUGGUCGACCCUGACCUUAACUACCAUUGGUGAAACCCCGCAACCGGAAAGGGAUGUUGAAUACCUUUUUGUUGUUGUUGAUUUUUUGAUUGGUGUGUUGAUUUUUGCAACCAUUGUAGGUAAUGUCGGCAGUAUGAUUACUAAUAUGAACGCGGCGCGUUCGGAUUUUCAGCAAAAAAUGGAUGGUGUGAAACAAUAUAUGGAGUUCCGAAAAGUGAGCAAAGAACUGGAAGAGCGGGUUAUUAAAUGGUUCGAUUAUUUGUGGACCAAUAAACAAUCGUUAAACGAAGAAGGUGUCCUAUCAGCGCUCCCCGACAAACUUAAAGCCGAAAUGGCCAUGCACGUUCAUUUAGAUACGUUAAAGCGUGUGAGCAUAUUUCAGGACUGUGAACCAGGUCUGUUAGUGGAACUGGUAUUAAAGCUCAAGUUACAGGUGUUUAGUCCGGGGGAUUAUAUAUGUAGGAAGGGGGAUAUCGGUAGGGAGAUGUAUAUAGUGAAACGAGGAAAGUUAAGUGUGGUAGCCGAUGAUGGGCACACUGUGUUUGCUACAUUAAGUGACGGUAGUGUUUUUGGAGAAGUUAGUAUUUUAAACAUUGCGGGCAAUAAAACUGGUAAUAGGCGAACAGCAAAUGUACGGAGUAUAGGAUACAGUGAUCUGUUUUGUCUAUCGAAGGACGAUUUGUGGGAUGCUUUGGCGGAGUAUCCGGAGGCCAAAAGAGUGCUCAUAGAGCGUGGUCGUCAGAUUCUCAAGAAAGACAAUCUUCUGGAUGAGGAAGCGAUGAAGAAGGAUAUGGAAGAGCAAGAAUCCCAGGAGCAGAAGGUGACAAGAAUAGACACCUCUGUGGACAAUCUCCAAACUCGAUUCGCUCGUCUUCUAGCGGACUUUAACAGUACACAGCAGCGUUUGAAACAAAGGGUGACAAAGAUUGAGAAGAUCUUAUCCAGGGAAAAUGAUAAUCUGUCCUUGCUCUCGCUUACUGAGCCUGAUGCCAAAUAAACACUCUCGUCUUUCUCUUGUUAUGUAGAUUAUUUUUCAAAGAACUAGCAUGGUAGCAGGUGGCCGGGGAUUGUAUGUGACGUAACGGUAUCCAAUUUUAAUAGUGAUAUUGAUGGCAUAGUGUGUGGAUCAAAGAAUCUCCUUGUUUAAGUGGUUGCUUAAAUUUAAGUUCAAGGAUACGAUAUGUUAGAGAUUCGGAUGGGUUCUGCAGAAUUUGUAAUUUAUCAAAACCUAUUGAUAUUACAAAUGGUACCCGUGCUAGUAAUUUGGUCCGUGUGUUCUAAAUCACGUGUUCUGAAGUGUGUGCGUGUACAAUUGAAGGAUUUAGCCCAGUCAUUGAUGACGUCAGAAUCAAGAGCUAAUAGCCCACUCAUUGGUGACGUCAGAAUCAAGAGCUAAGACAGUGCUGGCAAUUAAAUCAGAUGUCCUCGGAUCAUGGAUUGUUCAAAGCAGACGGUCUCGGUGCAAGUAAGGUUUAUCCGAAAUCUAUAACAUGCCAUCUUCAUUGAUACGCGUCAAUCGAUGCCAAAUUAGCUGGCAAAAAAAUGGAAAGCUCUAUUUCCCAAUAUGGCGUCAAUAAAACAUUACGAACUAUAAUAUAACUAUGUAUUCAUCUGCCAAGCUAAUGCGUUAAGUUGAUGUUUACUCGUAUUAAAGUGCCUGUAUAGCGGUUCAUUAUAGGACAUACAAUUUAGACUCAACCAAUCACGUGAUAUUUUAUUUCCUUUGACAUUCUUUAACUUUUUCUAGUUUAUUAUGUAGUGUAAUUAGUGAUUGCCUAUAAUUAAUAGGCGUUCUAGUGCACUAUGAUUUCCACUUCCGCUCAAUUACCUUGUCACGAUCGAAGUCAAUUGAAAUGGUUCUAUGGGGAAAGGGGGAUGCAAAUGAGCAUGAUAAGUUCUGAAUUGAGUCAUGAUAAUUUUUUUUGUAAAUGUUAUUAUUAAAGAUUUUUUGACUAUUUCAUUAAACAUAUUGUCAGAUUAAUUAGGAAAAGAAAAUGGGGCUUGAAAUCUCCUCAACACAAUACUUCGGCCAUUUUGAGAUGGUAUUUUAUUACUAUUAUUAUUAUUAUAAUUAUUACUUGUGCAAUAAGGGGUAAAAGAUUUUGACUGGUCAGCGGUGUCUCUAGCUGUUAUGUGAUCGGUUGAAUGCAUCGUAUUCUCCGAUUUCCUCCCAUUGCUAAUUACCCUUACAAUGAAGCUUAUUAAUGAAAUAAAAUUGAACCAUAUGUUAGGCGCCGGGAGGGGGGGGGGCGAAUGGUUAGCACGUGCGUGCUGUAUCAUAAAGUCUGUCAUUGAGUAAUCUGGCGGGGUUUCGAUUCCUCGGUUGUACGUGACAAGGAGUAGGAUCACCUGUCCAACCUCGUGGGUUUUCUCCGGGUCCUCCUGUUUCCUCCCACUGCUAAAGACCCCUGUGCGCAAACGAAUUAUUGAAAUGAAAUUGAACCAUGUGUUAGUCCCGAAAUGACCUAGUUUGUGUCGAGUGGACGUUAAGCCUCAUUUUUCUCUCUCUCUUUCAUGCUAGUUCCAAAAUCAAUUAGUUUGUGUCGAGUGGACGUUAGGCCCCAUCUCUUUCUCUCUCACUCUCUCUCUCUCUCUCUCUCUCUCUCUUUAAGGGGUUUCACAAAAAAACUACUUACGAAUUCCGCCCUUACAUUAUUGACUACGAGCUCUAAUUUGUACUAAAAUUCUAACUUUGAAAACGUUUUCAUGAUUUACGACCCUGUGUUUUGUUCACACAGACUCACCCCUAUCCAACCCUCCAUCGGACUGAAUAUAGCUUGGAAAACAUAACGGGUGAAAUUUAAAGCUUAUUAUUACCGCAAUUUUACAUUUCCUUAUUCUUUCUUAAUUGAUCUAAAGAGCCAUUUGCCAAAAUACAUAAAUUUGGGGCUUUUUUGUUUUAUUUUUAUAAUAUUAAAAGAUAAUUAUAAAGAUUAUUAAUUCAGGCCGCCCUAAACUCUUUAAUAAUUGGAAGAUACGGUUAGUUGUUAAUAUCAUUCAUUUCUAUUUUACACGCUUAAGAAUUCAUGUUCGAUUUCAAGGCAGUCAAGGCCAAUGAAAUUACAUAAAAUCAAAAGAAAUGAAGGUUGCAUUAGAUUUUUUAGAUUGCCCGUGGCGAAUUAAUCUCAUUUCCAUCAAAACAUUUAUCAAUAUAAUAAUAGUUCGUUGUGGCGACCAUCUGAACGUAUUCGAAGUUCAAAAUAUUGGCAGGUAACUUUUCCGGUCAGUUCAUGUUCAUUGCAAGUAAGAUACGUUUCAAAACUGUCCCAUUGUGCAAACUACAGACAAAAGCAGGUAAAUUGUAUAUUUUGCUAUCAAAUGUGUGAUGAAACUGUAGAUAUAAACAAGAUACUGAAUAGGCAGCUAACAUUAUCGAGAAUAGCCUAUGACAGAAGAAUGUUCCAGAAUCACCCAUAACCAGUCUCUUAAUAGACGUUACAUUGGUUAUUAUCUCCCUUUGACGUGUCUAGUGUUUAGGGACAAAUUUUAACACGGUAGUCAGACAAGUUUAUUUAUUAACUUAGAAUAAUGUACAAAUACCGGUGUUGCUAAAAGUUUUGAAUCAGUUACAAGGAACACGUCAUGAUUUGUAAAAGUCAAAUGCGUCGAGUGACGAUGCUUUACUGUUCCAGAAUGUGUCAUUUUGAAAUCACGUGAUAGACGAGAUAACUCGGCUUGAUUGGUAAUUUUCAACGGUCUGGGUCAGUUGUCAACAUUUGGCGAAAUUUUACCAGAUAAUCAACCACAUAAAAAGAAUUCUCGGUUGGGCAAUAAAACUUUUUAGUUAAAGUCAAAUACGAGUUGCACCCCUUCCCGAAAUAAAUCCCAUAAUUCAUGCAUUAUAUAUAAACAAACAUGAAUCGUGACGACGAAUUACGAUUAAUAAAAACCAUAGAUAUGAUCCUUGAAAAAUUUUCAAUAAAAUAAGAGACAAUGCAAAUAGAUUUUUCCAGAAAUGGCAAUUCUUAGAUUAAUUUCAUUGGCGUCGACAUCUUGUUUUAGAUCUAGUUACGUCCUUAGAUUUUGUUCAUUGUAAUGUAAAAGACCAGAUAAUCUAGCCAAUAACCUAGUAAUUCUCAAAUGGUGACAACUCAUCCUGACUAAUAUUUGUUGUUAGGCGGUAAAGCUAGACGCUAAGAUCCAUUGCAUAUUGCGUCAUAGGUCACGAUAUUUGACACCCUAACCCGCAUCUCGUGACCUAUGACGAAAUCUGAAAUGAGCUUUAGCUUUUAGCCCUAACCCAGUUAGUCCUUUCAGACUUGAAAUCACGUAAUUUUCCACGGUUACGUUAACCCGUUGCUAGUCCUUCACAGGUAGAGGCGCAAAUUAAGAACUUUCUGAACUCAUAAGAAUUCCAAUUAGAACUAUAAACGGCCUAUAUUAUUAUUAUUAUUAUUAUUAUUACAUUUUAUGAUAUUUAAUGGUAAUUCCUAAAAUUGUUUAUACUUUAUGUCAUUAUUUAUUUGUUUUGUUUCUUAUAUAUUAAUUGUUAUUUAUACAUUAUGUUAGACUUUUAAAAUGUAAAUAAAUUAUUAACCAUUUUAACAUACUCAAGACAAUAUUCGGGUAUCUUCCAUUCUUAGGCUAUUUUUAGAUUUAAUUUAAACACAUCAUAUUAUGAAUGCGAGGCAUGAGUGUUUAUCUACAUAAUGUGUAUAUGAUUUCGAAAUCACUCUCUUAAAAACUAUCCGCCUGACUUAUUGAAAACGGGACCAGAAAUUGAAUAUAUUACGCAUGUAUACGAAUGCCUUCAUAUUGAAUAAUCCGAAGUCAGUAUAAAUUCUAUUCGAUUGCCUUCUAAAGCUACUUUACUCAUUAUGGACAAUGGACUAAAAUAUAUUAAAUUGGCGUUAAUCUGGCCGUUUUCAUAUCGAGUAUUACUGAGCUACAUUUAAAUGAAGAUUAUUCUUUGUUAUCCAGUGAAAUAGUAGAUCUAUCGAAUAGGGGGAGAUAACUGUCAUUGUAAAUCAAAUUCUGUCCAAAAUGUUGCAAGUAAUAAUGUAGAAAACUCUGUACAAGAAAAUAAUAAGUGGUCUGUAUCCUUCUUUUGUUAAAUGAAGAACCGAUUUGUGAUAUUUAUAUUUAUGUACAAACGAGAAAAUGCAUUAUUUACUUUAUUUAUGUUCAUAGCAGCGGCAAAAUAUGAAAUGUUCAAUUUAAUACAACCAAAAGUCAACGAGGCGUUCCUGAAAAUAUGAAAUAUAUAUAUGCCUGUUUUAUUUUAAUGUAAAAUAAAUGAUUUCUUAAACAGAUAACUUGAGAUAUAAUAAAGAAAAUUCAAAGAAAAAUGAAUCCAUUUUGUCAUGUAUAUAAGUGAUGUGAAAACAAGCAAGGAUCAGCCCCAAAUAACUUGUGGAAGUCUUUAAAAAACUAAAUGUAUUAAAUUGAACAUUUCAUAAUUGCAGUGUAGAUUUGUAAAGUGUGAUUCAUUUGAUUGAAUUCAUUUUGUGCCUAUAUUUAGACUCAAUCCAUACGAUAUGCCGUUAAUUAGCUCAUCUUCAUCAUGUUACUUGGGUUUGUUCAUUUUUAUAUACGUUUCUCCCGAAAUACUCAAUUUCCCCAAAAACAUUUAAUUUUAUCCAGAAAAUAUUCACUCGAUGUCAAAAGCAAAAUUAAUGAUAGCCAAUCUGUAAUAGCCAAAUUAGCAUUUAAUUCGUCUACCCUCGUUAAUCAAAGACAUAUUAUUUUGAUUCGCGAAGCUCUAAAUCAAUAUGAUGUCAAAAUAUACUGAGACGCAAUGAAAACGUACCACUUUUAUAAAUAGGUUCCAUGGUUUUGAAUCUCGUUUAAUUUUGCAAUUCGGAAUGUAACUACAUCAUAUCACGGCGAAAACACGCGAGAAUGAUGUUUUAACGGGUCGCUUAAAUGCCCCACAACUGUAUUUCCUGUCACACCAGAGGUGCCUUUUCAUUGCGUCUCAGUGUAUGUUUAAAUGCUGGAAAUUCUGUGAAACCUUCGAGACAAAUGUGUAUUUAAUACACCCAACGACUGCAUAAAAUCACCAGUACUACCGCUUUUGCCCAUUGUGGUUCCAAUAAAGAAACAGGCAUUAAAACAUGUCGAUGUUAUGAUUAAGAAACAAUGUGCAAUUUAUCGUGCUGUAAAACUCACUUAAAACAUUGUCUUUCAGUUACAAUGAGUGCAUUAGUUCAAUUCAUAGCCAACUGUCAUUGACUUUAGUAUGUCUUAAAAUUUAAACCAUUUACUGUAUUUGUUUAGAAUUAAAACCUGUACUGGAUUGACUUCAGUACGUCUUAAAUUAAAACCUGUACUGGAUUGACUUCAGUACGUCUUAAAUUAAAACAUGUACUGGAUUGACUUUAGUACGUCUUAAAUUAAAACCUUUACUGGAUUGACUAUGGUACGUCUUAAAUUAAAACCUUUACUGGAUUGACAUUAGUACGUCUUAAAUUAAAACAUGUACUGGAUUGACUUUAGUACGUCUUAAAUUAAAACCUUUACUGGAUUGACUAUGGUAUGUCUUAUAAUAAAAUGAUAGACUUCAUUAUGUCUUAUAUUAAAAUCUGUACCGAAUUGACUUUAGUAUGUCUUCUAUUAAAACGUUUUAUUUGAUAUUUUAUGUGAAACCAAAUUAGGUGUGUACUACACACCAUAAUAUUGUGAUAGAUUUUUUUUCUGUAAAAAGCCUUUUUUUUCUCUCUCUCUCAUUUUAGACAUUAUGUACAUUAUGAAUAUGUAUGUAAAUUUGACUUCAUUGUAAUAUAUGAUACCAU